GCUGUUCUCAUUCUCUCCCUCUCCCUCCCUGUCCCUCUCAUUCCCUUUCUCUUUCUCCUCUCUCCCUCAGUCCCUUCUUCCUCUCACUGAAUCGGCAAAGCUGAAACUUACCUGAUAACCACUCUGCUUUUGAAUCCAGCUCUGGAACUAAAUGCAUCAUUUUACUGCUCUAAAAAGUGAAUAGAGUUUGAUUACCUCAAGCUACAAUCUGCUUUGCUCCAUAAGAAGAACCCAAAAGGACUCAGACAUCAUUGUUUUUCAACCUACAUGAGGAGCUUUUGCUUGCAUGCCUGAAACUUGAUGAGUUCAAGAAGGAGUUUUGGUUUGUUUUUAAUUGGAAUAUUGAAAAGUUUCUUAUUAAUGCUUUAAAUGGAACCCCGUUUUUAAAUAUGGGUUGAGUCAGAUCUAAAGGAGACAUGACUGACCAUUUCUGCUGGAAUGAUGGGGGAACAUCUAGAGGGAAACUGAGAAGGAGAAAAGGAGAUCUGAUUUGCAAUUAACAGUCAUGCUUUAUUUUGAGAAUAUUUACAGUCUCAUUGGAAGGGAAAUUAAAUAUUGACCAAAGACAAUGUCUGAAUUUCUCAGUAACUUAUCAACAAAUGACUCUAGCCUGCGGAAAGAAUAUCAUAAUUCGACCGAUCUUUUAAAUCCACCAGGAACUCUGAAUGUCUAUCUUUUUUGCCUGACGUGCUUAAUGACCAUUGCAGCCCUGGCAGGCAGCAUUUAUUCACUAGUUUCCCUGCUGAAAAUGCAGAACAGAACUGUUGUAUCCAUGCUUGUGGCUUCCUGGUCUGGGGAUGAUCUCUUAAGCGUCCUUUCUGUGACCAUCUUCAUGUUUCUGCAGUGGGCAAACGAGAUCCCUGACUACUCUCAGUCUCUGUGCACAACCUCUGCCUUAGUAUAUUUAUGCCAGGGCCUCUCGAGCAACUUGAAGGCGACUCUCCUGGUCUUGUACAACUUCUACACGUUGCACAGGGCUGUGGGGAGCCAAGCAGCCUCCGGAAGAUCGGGCCAGGUGCUAGGCGUGGCGCUGACCGUGUGGACAGCCAGUCUGCUGCUCUCCGCGCUCCCGCUGUGCGGCUGGGGCGCCUUCGUGCGCACGCCUUGGGGCUGCCUGGCAGACUGCUCCAGCUCAUACGUGCUGCUCCUCUUCUCUGUGUACACUUUGGCCUUCGGUCUCCUCGCCGGCCUCUCGGUUCCGCUCACUCACCAGUUGCUGUGUUCGGAGGAGCCGCCGAGACUCCAUGCCAACUACCAGGAAAUUUCCCGCAGAGCUUCCACUCCCGGGACACCUCCAACGAGGGGGAGAGUGCUUUCUCUGUCCCCAGAUGACGCUCCGGGCCCUGCCCCGCGGCUCUCUGGGCGAUGCUCCCCGAGCGCGGACACUGUGUGUGGACCGGGGCGGGGAACCGGGCGCGGGGCCGCCGCUGCGGUGGGAACCUGCAGGCGUAAGAACCGGGGGACUCUCUAUGGCACCAAGAGCUUCACCGUGAGCGUAGCCCAGAAGCGCUUCUCUCUGAUCCUAGCGCUGACAAAAGUCAUCCUUUGGCUGCCCAUGAUGAUCCACAUGAUGGUCCAGCACGUGGUGGGGUUUCAGAGCCCUCCCUUUGAGACACUCAGCUUUCUGCUAACCCUGCUGGCCACGACUGUAACUCCAGUGUUUGUCUUCUCCAAACGCUGGGCCCACUUGCCCUGUGGCUGCAUCAUCAACUGCAAGCAGAACACAUAUGCAGUGGCAUCCGAUGGGAAAAAAACCAAGAGGAGAGGCUUUGAAUUCAAUCUAUCAUUCCAAGGAAGUUACGGAAUCUAUAAAAUAGCACAUGAAGAUUACUAUGAUGAUGAUGAAAAUUCUACAUCCUAUCACAAUCUUAUGAACUAUGAGUGCAAAACUACAAAAGACUCUCAGAGAGACACUCAAAAUAUUUUGAACGCCAUAAAAGUAGAAAUCAGCACCACACCCUGUCCGGACAGCUCCACACUCAAAGGCAUCAACAAAUGCACAAAUACCGAUAUUACAGAAGCUACACGGGAUUCCCACAGUGAAAAGGGCAUUGAUCCAAUGUUUUUUGAAAAAACAGAAGGUGCUAUUAACUAUGAAGAAAGUACCUUUUUGGAAGGGCCAGAAAGAAGACUUUCUCAUGAGGAGAGUCAGAAACCAGACCUUUCAGACUGGGAAUGGUGUAGGAGUAAAUCAGAAAGAAACCCUCGUCAGCGUUCUGGUGGUGCCCUUGCCAUUCCCUUGUGUGCAUUCCAGGGCACUGUGUCUCUCCAGGCGCCUACAGGGAAAACCCUCUCUCUUUCUACCUAUGAGGUAAGUGCAGAAGGACAAAAAAUAACCCCAGCCUCCAAGAAAAUAGAAGUCUAUCGAUCCAAAAGUGUUGGCCACGAACCGAACACAGAGGAUUCUCCCUCUACAUUUGCGGACACCAGUGUGAAAAUACACUUGGAAGUUCUUGAGAUCUGUGAUAAUGAAGAAGCCCUGGACACUGUGUCAAUCAUUAGCAACAUCAGUCAGUCCUCCACCCAGGUCAGGUCUCCAUCUCUACGCUACUCAAGGAAAGAAAACAGAUUUGUUUCAUGUGAUUUAGGGGAAACAGCCUCAUACUCACUCUUUUUACCCACAAGUAAUCCUGAUGGUGAUAUCAACAUAUCAAUCCCAGACACCGUUGAAGCACACAGGCAGAACAGCAAAAGGCAGCAUCAAGAAAAGGAUGGCUACCAGGAGGAAAUCCAGUUGUUAAAUAAAGCUUAUAGAAAAAGAGAGGAAGAAAGCAAGGGUAACUAGUGAUGAUUUGAUCUAAUGGAGGCAAGAAUGGCUCUGCAACUUCAAACUGCUGAACACUUUUGUUCUGAGGCUAUUUUGUUUUCUUUUUUAUUUGUUGUUUUACAUACCUUUUAUACAGAUUUAUCAGCUAAUUAUUUUUAGUGCAAACAGCUGGAACUUGUGCAAACACUCAAGUGCUUUUGAUGUAUUACCUAUAGAUCACACACUGUGGUAAUUUAAAAAUGUUACUUCUUAGUCAAUUUCUAAAAUAUUUUCUAUAUCAAAUCUUGACCUAGUUUACUAAUGUUUUUGCCUGUGUUUGUCAACUUCAGAGUAGGCAGAAAGUUGCAUAAACUCAAUAUACUCUUCCUAUACAUGUUUCUACACAUGAUGUUGU